GUUCUUUACAAAGUCAAAACCCUAACCCCUAAAACCUUCACGUUCCGCAGAGCAGCUCAGCUCACCUCCAGGCUCCAGCUCCUAGCAAUGGGUCGAAAACUCAAAGACUCCCCUACCGCCGAGCCUGAACCAGCCCAAGAAUCUUCACCAAACCCCGAAAUCAAAGCCGAGAAGAAGAAAAAGAAGAAGCACAAAGACAAGGACGAAGCCAAUCCCAAGCGGAAGCUCCAAGAGACCGAGCCCCAGGAAGUUCAAAACAAGGAGGGGAAGAAGAAGAAGAAGCACAAGAAAGGGGACGAGACAGAAACCGAAACCCACGAAGGAGAAGCGGAACCGGAGCGAAACGGUAACGUUGAUGAUGGUGAAACGGUGAGUGAUGGGCACGUGGUUGUGACCGGUAAGAAUGUGGAAUCAGCCAAGUACGCGCCGCUGAAAUCGUUCGCCGAGUCGGGGCUGCCCGAGGAGGUUUUGGAGUGCUGCAAGAAUUUCCAGAGCCCGUCUCUGAUUCAGUCUCGGGCCUGGCCGUUCUUAUUGGACGAUCGUGAUUUUAUUGGGAUUGCGGCGACCGGGUCAGGUAAGACAUUGGCAUUCGGGGUGCCUGCGAUUAUGCACGUAUUGAACAAACGGAAGGGGAAGAUGUCGAAAGGGCGCUGGCCUCUAUGCCUUGUACUCUCACCAACCAGGGAGCUAGCUCAACAAAUUUCAGAUGUUCUUUGUGAUGCUGGGAAACCUUGUGGUGUGCAAUCAGUUUGUCUGUAUGGAGGAACCUCUAAAGGACCUCAAAUAUCUUCUUUGAAGUCUGGUGUUGACAUUGUCAUUGGAACGCCUGGUCGUUUAAAGGAUCUAAUGGAAAUGGGCGUGUGCUCCCUUAAGGAGGUAUCUUUUGUGGUUCUCGAUGAAGCAGAUCGAAUGCUUGACAUGGGAUUUGAGCAAGAAGUUCGCUCUAUAUUGGGCCAGACCUGUUCUGCUCGCCAAAUGGUAAUGUUCAGUGCUACCUGGCCCUUGUUAGUCCAUCAAUUAGCUCAGGAGUUCAUGGAUCCUAAUCCGGUUAAGGUUGUCGUAGGUUCAGAGGAUUUAUCUGCCAACCAUGAUGUAAUGCAGAUAGUGGAGGUUUUGGAUGAUCGUUCACGUGAUCAGCGUUUGGUUGCUCUGCUAGAAAAAUAUCACAAAUCCCAACGGAAUAGAGUGUUGGUUUUUGUCUUGUACAAAUUGGAAGCAAAACGUGUUGAAAAUAUGCUGCAAGAAGGGGGUUGGAAGGCUGUUUCAAUACAUGGUGACAAAGCACAAAAUGAACGUACAAAAGCACUAUCCUUAUUCAAGAAGGGGAGCUGUCCUUUAAUGAUAGCUACUGAUGUGGCUGCUCGGGGAUUGGAUAUUCCAGAUGUUGAAGUAGUUAUCAACUAUAGUUUUCCUCUCACCACGGAGGAUUAUGUCCACAGAAUUGGGCGGACUGGACGGGCUGGUAAGAAGGGCGUCGCUCAUACAUUCUUCACGCAGCAGAACAAGGGGCUUGCAGGGGAGCUGGUGAAUGUACUGAGAGAAGCUGGGCAAAUUGUGCCAGAGGCCCUAAUGAAAUUUGGCACUCAUGUAAAGAAGAAGGAGUCCAAGCUUUACGGGGCUCACUUCAAGGAAAUUCCUAUAGAUGCUCCCAAGUCUAAAAAGAUCACAUUUGACAACUCUGAUGAUGAUGACUGAAUCCAAACUCUCAAUUCUUCCAUGGGCGGCAGGGAUAAUAGGAUUUAGAGAAUUAGCCCACGCCCAUAAUCUUCUCAUCUGUAAGUUACUGUUUUUCUCACACCUCUUUGUGGAGAAACACAUUUUUUGCCACAGGCCGACUCUUAAAUUAUAUUAAUUAUUUUUUUUCAUUUCCUUUUCCUAUUUUAUAACAGAAAUUAAAUAA